AUGUGUGCGUUCCACGCGGUACUUGAGAGCUGUGCGCUCGCCCCGCAGCGUGCCACUGUUCCCUCUCCCGACCCUGCAUUCUACAAGCCGCUCACCACCGCCCCACCCCGCCCCACCCCGCCCCACCCCGCCAUGGCGCCCCACCGAAGCAGCAGCAGCAAGCCGCACAAGUCGUCGUCGUCGCGCGGGCGCUCGCGCGCGCCGGCCGGCUACCCGUCGGGCUCCGGCUCCAAGUACACGUACGCGUCGGACAAGCCCAGCGCGUCCGGGUCCGGGAAGCACCGCCCGUCCGCGUCCAAGCCCGGCAAGAGCCAGCACAAGAUGCAGGACAAGAUCGUCGAGAAGGUGCAGGAGAAGGUCGCCGACCCGCGCUUCCAGCGCAAGGCCCGCCGCUUGGUCCUCAAGCAGGUGCGCAAGAACUUCCCCGCCGUCAUGAAGGCCAUCACGCCCAGCAAAUGAGAAGGCGCGGCCGGCAAGUCGGGCGGCGUCGUGCAGGAGGGCUUCGACGCCGUCGCUACGGCCGCGGGCGUCCCCAGGCUGCAGCAGAGCAUGGCUAACCCUGUCAUGCAACGCGCCGCGGGGAAGGUCGUGGAGAGGGAGAUUGCAAGGACCGUCCCUAUUGUUAUGAACAAGAUUGCGGGCGUGGAGAAAAAAAAGUGAUGGACGACUUGUUAGCUGGAAAUUUUAAACCACCGUUGUGGGGCCUUAUUGAGUUGAUUUGCUUUGUUAUCAAUUCAUUUUCAUUCUAUCUACUUAUCUAGUCUUUGUUGCCUAUCUUUUGUCUUGUGUGUGAAUACGCCUAUAUGCACAUUGAAUACUAUGAAAACAACGUUGCCAUUUUUACGUCUUCCCGUUUACAAAACUGGGCUUUGCAUAUUAAAGAACAACAAAAGACAAA